CGCUCAUCUCACUGAUUUGAUCUCAGGAACAGUGGGAAUAAAAAAAUAUGUCGAUCACAGUGGAAGAGAUUAAAAACAAACUUCAGUCUCCAGGGGAUGACCUUGUUUUCUUCGUUAAUGGAAAAAAGAUCACUGAGAAGAAUGCAGAGCCUGAGAAAACACUCUUGACAUAUCUAAGGAGAAACUUGGGUCUGACGGGAACCAAACUGGGAUGUGCUGAAGGAGGUUGUGGAGCCUGCACUGUAAUGGUGUCCAAAUAUCAUCCAUAUCAAAACCGGAUUAUUCACUAUGCAGUUAAUGCCUGUCUGGCUCCUCUAUGCUCUUUGCAUCACUGUGCAGUAACAACCGUGGAGGGCAUCGGCAGCGUGGCGAGCAAACUCCAUCCUGUACAGGAGCGAAUUGCAAAGGCUCAUGGGUCACAGUGUGGGUUCUGCACUCCAGGAAUUGUGAUGUCUAUGUAUGCUCUUUUGAGAAACAACCCUCAACCCAGUAUGCAUGAUAUUCAGGAGGCUUUUCAAGGUAAUUUAUGUCGCUGUACUGGGUACAGACCUAUUCUAGAAGGCUACAGAACAUUUACAAAGGAUGGGGGAUGCUGUGGUGGAAAAGGACAAAGUAAUGGCUGCUGCUUGACUAAUGGACACACACAAGAGCAUGUCAAUGACAAUUCAACACUUUCAGCUCAGAAAUUGUAUGACCAAUCAGAGUUUAUGCCACUGGACCCGACACAAGAGAUUAUUUUCCCGCCUGAGCUCAUGAGUUUAAGUAAACAGCCCCAGAGAGAGCUGAGGUUUGCUGGGGAACGGGCGCUUUGGAUUCAACCCUGCUCCCUUGAAGAACUCUUGGAACUGAAGGCGACUUAUCCAAACGCUAAACUAGUGGUUGGGAACACAGAAGUUGGUAUUGAGAUGAAGUUCAAAAACCUUCUUUACCCUGUGAUUCUGGCCCCAGCUUACAUCCCUGAGCUGAACAUCAUCCAAAACACACAGGAUGGCAUUCAGGUUGGUGCAUCCGUGACGUUGACUGUGCUGGGGGACGUGCUGCGUGCAGCGGUGAAGAAGCUGCCCGCUCAUCAGACGGAGGUCUUUAAGGCUGUUCUUGAGCAGCUGCGUUGGUUUGCAGGACAGCAGAUCCGAAAUGUUGCGGCUAUUGGUGGCAAUAUUAUGACAGCGAGUCCCAUUUCAGACCUCAACCCUGUGUUUAUGGCAGCCAGCUGCAAGCUAACAGUGAUGUCCAAAGGGGAGAAACGUGUUCUUGAAAUGGAUGGCAAGUUCUUCCCUGGUUAUAGAAAGACCAUUUUGAAGCCAGAAGAGAUUCUGUUGUCCAUUGAGAUUCCAUACACAAGAAAGGGCCAGUACUUCUCAGCUUUCAAACAGUCUCCUCGCAAAGAGGAUGACAUUGCCAUUGUCACAUGUGGGAUGAAUGUAUUCUUCAAGGAGCAAUCCAAUAUAGUGCAGAGUAUCCGGAUAAGCUAUGGAGGAAUGGCCCCUGUUACUGUCCUUGCCACGGCCACAUGCAACAGGUUACUCAACAGGCAAUGGAAUGAGGAGCUCCUAGAGGAAGCCUGCACGUCAUUGGUGGAGGAGAUGAGCUUGUCUCCUUCAGCUCCUGGUGGGAUGGUGACAUACAGACGCACACUGACCAUCAGCCUCUUCUACAAGUUCUUCCUCAAUGUCCAGCACAAACUGUCUCUGGACCUGCAGAAGGAGGGUGUGACUGUGGAAGACGUCCGACCCGAAUAUGCUACUGCUACUGAGCUCUUCCAGUUGGACUCACCGUCCAGUGUACAGCUGUACCAGGCAGUUCCCCCUGGUCAUAAUAGUGAUGAUGUGGUGGGGCAACCGAUCAUGCAUCUCUCUGCGCUUAAGCAGGCCACAGGAGAAGCGAUCUACUGUGACGACAUCCCCUGUUAUGAAAAUGAGCUCCAUUUGGCUUUGGUCACCAGUACUAAAGCUCACGCACUCAUAAAAUCCAUUGAUACCUCCGAUGCAAUGGCAGUUCCUGGAGUGGUUGCAUUUAUCUCUGCUAAAGACAUACCAGGAAGUAACAUGACAGGACCUGUUGUUUAUGAUGAGACCGUUUUUGCAGAUGAUAAGGUCACAUGUGUUGGACAUAUAGUGGGGGCAUUUGUGGCAGACACACAGGCCCAUGCUCAGAGAGCAGCCAAAGCUGUGAAGAUUAGCUAUGAGGAACUGCAGCCUGUGAUUGUCACCAUUCAGGAUGCUAUUGCCAACAAGUCCUUCUUUCAGCCGGUGAGAAGUAUAGAGAGAGGAGAUGUUGCACAAGGAUUCAAAGACUCUGAUCACAUCCUGCAUGGUGAGAUGCACAUUGGAGGGCAGGAACAGUUUUAUCUGGAGACUAACUGCACACUUGCUUUCCCUCGUGGAGAGGAUGGAGAAAUGGAGCUGUUUGUGUCCACACAGUCGGCCUCCAAGACUCAAGCCCUAGUGGCUAAAGCUCUGGGAGUGCCUGCCAACCGGGUGGUGUGCCGUGUAAAGAGGAUGGGAGGAGGAUUUGGAGGGAAAGAGAGUCGGAGCACCAUUCUGUCCACUGUGGUUGCUGUUGCCGCACAUACGGUCAAGCGGCCAGUUCGCUGCAUGCUAGAUCGCGAUGAGGACAUGCUGGUCACAGGUGGUCGGCAUCCAUUCUUUGGACAUUACAAGGUUGGGUACAUGAACAAUGGAAAAGUGAUGGCACUUGAAGUGAUGCUCUACAGCAACGCAGGCAAUUCACUGGACCUGUCAUUGUCAAUCCUGGAGAGGGCACUAUUCCACAUGGAUAACUCCUACAACAUUCCUAACAUCCGUGGCACAGGCUACAUGUGUAAAACCAACUUGCCGUCUAACUCAGCGUUCAGAGGCUUUGGUGGGCCGCAGGGCAUGAUGAUCGCAGAGAGCUGGAUGAGUGAUGUGGCUUUGAGCUGUGGUCUGCCUGCUGAAGAGGUGAGGAGGAUGAACAUGUACAAGGAGGGGGAUUUCACACCCUUCAAUCAACGUCUGGACAAGUUCACCAUCGAUCGCUGUUGGGAGGAGUGCAUGCAGCUCUCAGACUUCAACAAGCGCAAGGAUGCAGUGGAACAAUACAACAGGCAGCAUCGUUGGACCAAAAGAGGAUUAUCCAUCAUUCCCACCAAGUUUGGAAUCAGCUUCACUGCUGUCUUCCUCAACCAGGCAGGAGCAUUGGUACUUGUGUACUCAGAUGGUUCGGUUUUACUAACUCAUGGUGGAACAGAGAUGGGACAAGGCCUGCACACUAAAAUGGUCCAGGUGGCCAGUAAAACUCUUGGAAUCCCCUGCUCAAAGAUUCACAUCACAGAGACCAGCACUAACACAGUUCCCAACACCAGCCCUACGGCCGCCUCCGCCUCCUCAGAUCUUAACGGCAUGGCCAUCUAUAACGCUUGCCAGACAUUACUACAGAGACUUCAGCCUUACAAAGACAAAAACCUCAAAGGCUGCUGGGAGGAUUGGGUGAAAGCAGCAUAUUUCGACAGAGUUAAUUUGUCUGCCAAUGGAUUUUACAAGACUCCAGAUCUUGGCUAUGAUUUUGAAACAAAUUCAGGAAAGCCAUUUAACUACUUCAGUUAUGGCGUGGCCGUCUCAGAGGUGGAGAUAGACUGUCUAACUGGCAGUCAUAAGAAUCUUCAUACAUCCAUAGUCAUGGAUGUGGGCAAGAGUUUAAAUCCAGCAUUGGACAUUGGACAGGUGGAGGGUGGGUUCAUGCAAGGUUUAGGUCUGUUCACGCUGGAGGAACUACGCUACUCUCCUGAUGGUUACCUGUAUACUCGUGGACCUGGGAUGUAUAAGAUUCCCGCUUUCGGGGAUAUUCCCAUUGAAUUAAAGAUCUCGCUGCUCAGAGACACUCCUAAUGAGAAGGCCAUCUUCUCCUCAAAGGCUGUGGGUGAGCCUCCUCUCUUUCUGGCAGCCUCAGUGUUUUAUGCCAUUAAAGAUGCCAUCACAGCUGCCAGGGCUGAGUCCAAUCUGACUGGACCCUUCAGACUGGACAGCCCCGCCACGCCUGAACGGAUACGAAAUGCCUGUGAAGACAAGUUUACUAAACUGUGUCCUCCUGCGGAUCCUGGCACUUUUAUUCCAUGGGCAGUGCAGGUGUAAGACACAGCAAAGCCCAUUUAAAGUCAGAUUGAUGAAUCAUUUAAUGAAUCAAAAUGGACUGUUUACUUUCCUAAUGCACAUGCCUGGUCUUGUGUAUGAUUUAUCUGUGCAUGUUAUUCCAAAGGAAAAAUAA